AUGAGCGGUAUCCAUUUCUUGCCAAUACUUCCACCAUCACUUCAACCGCUUCCUAAUACCCUUCGAACCCUUCAUCUAACUUCUUGCAAGUUGGGGGACAUCUCUAUGAUAGGAAAACUACGUAAUCUUGAGAUUCUCAGCUUUUGUGGUUCUCAAAUUGUUGAGAUUCCCAGCAAUAUUGCUGAAUUGACUCGUCUCACACUCCUUGAUUUGAAAAACUGUAAAAACCUUAUCAAUAUAGCAGCAGACAUCAGCAAACUUCCUGAUUUAGAGAAGCUAUAUUUGCCAGAAUAUUUUGAGUUCGCCAAUCUCGUUGGGCUAAAUUCCUCAUCUCGAUUGACUUGCCUGCAAAUUUUUAUUUCAAUCCAUCAUUUAAUUCCAAUCGACCAAAAUCUUUUGCCUUUAGAUUUACUUCAGCUUGCGCAAAAGUUAACAAGUUUCAACAUAACAAUUAGCAGCAGUGAAGAAAGGUAUAAACCUUAUGUACGCAUGGGAAGCUUGAGAAUUUGGCAUGAGGGGCCAAUACAGCCAUUAUUGUCGGAUUGGGUUAAGUUGCUGUUAGAGAAGACUAAGCAUCUAGUUUUGGACGGCUUGAAGAAUUCCAAUGAUAUCUUCAGUGAACUAAGUGAGGAGGGCUUCAAUGAAUUAAAUUCUCUUGAACUCAAUCGCCUGAAAGGGACGGAAUAUCUGGUGAACACGAAGGAGUCCGCACCGCAAAUGGCAUUUAGCAGCUUAGAGGUUUUGUCGCUUUCUAGCUUGCGGAGCUUCAUAGAAAUAUGCCCUGGACAACUCCCGGACAAAUCUUUCCACAAUGUACGAGAACUACAUGGGGAUGAGUGUGAUCAGCUGCUAUUACAAGGGCUUGUUCGCCUGAAAUACCUUGAUGUUUCUGUUUGCGAUAGUUUGGAAGUAUUAUUUGGACAUGAUGACGAGCAAGAUGCAGAGAUAGCAGUCCCUUGUUUGAGAAGCCUUACCUGUUGCUACAAAUUGCAAAAUGUAAUUGAGGAUAAGAAAGGAAAACAAGAAGCGACUUCAGUUGAAUUCCCCUGCUUGUCCUCGAUAUCGCUUAUCCAUCUGUACAAGCUAAAGAGUUUUUGCACCGGUUGUUAUACUAUUAAAUGGCCAUCUUUGGAAAUGCUGCAUAUCCAUUAUUGUUUCGAGAUGGAGACUUUUGGUUAUGGAGAUCAAGUAACACCCCAACUGAAGAAAACAGUGAAAUAUGAAUCUGAGGGGAAAGAGAUUGUGAUCACGAUCAAUGGUGGCGACCUUAAUCACAUUGUGCAAAACCACUUCAGACCCAAGGCAGCAACUUUGGAGGCAGGUCCUAGUCAGUCCUCAUAA